AUGUUUUUAUCAGUGAGAAGAUUCUUGCAAUCAAAAAGAUUCUAUAGUCAUGAGAACCCAUUAAACUUACCUAGAAGAGGAGGAUCUGCAUCAAUCGGAAGUAAAGGGUUACCAAUUCGACAAAAAAUACCAAAUGUUCAGAACAUAAUAUUAAUCUCUUCUGCUAAAGGAGGAGUAGGAAAAUCUACAGUUUCAGCAAAUACAGCAUUGGCUUUACAAAAAUUAGGUAAAAGAGUAGGACUUUUGGAUGUUGAUAUAUUUGGUCCUUCAAUUCCUAAAUUAAUGAAUUUAAAAGGUGAACCUAGAAUAUCUCAAACAACUGGUAAGCUAUUGCCAAUGAUUAAUUAUGGUAUUCAAACAAUGUCAAUGGGUUAUUUAGUUAAAGAUGAACAAGCAGUAGUAUGGAGAGGUUUAAUGGUAAUGAAAGCAAUACAACAAUUAUUAUUUGAUGUUGAAUGGGCUCCUGUAGAUUAUUUAAUAAUAGAUAUGCCUCCAGGUACGGGAGAUACACAAUUAUCAAUAAGUCAACUUUUGAAAGUAUCAGGAGCGGUUAUUGUCACUACUCCUCAAGAUAUUGCCUUAAUCGAUGCUGUAAAAGGUAUAGCAAUGUAUAAUAAAGUUCAUAUACCAAUAGUUGGAAUCGUCCAAAACAUGAGUUACUACAUUUGCCCAAAUUGUAAUCAUGAAUCUCAUGUCUUUAGAAGUAAUGGUGCAGAAAAAUUAGCUCAUGAUAAUGACGUCAAAAUAAUAGCAGAUAUUCCAUUGAAUGAAAAUAUUUGUUUACAAUCUGAUCUAGGAAAACCAAUUGUAGUUUCAGAUCCGGAUGGUGAGAUCGCUAGGAAAUAUUAUGACAUAGCAAGAUCUAUAAUUAGUUUUGAAAUAUCACAAAAAAAUGGUCAAUGA